AUGAAGGAAGAGCUUUUAAUUCAAUAUUUCUAUGAAGGACUACUUCCACUGGAGAGACAAAUGCUUGAUGCUUUAGCAGGAGGUGCUUUGGUUGACAAAACCUCAACCACAAGGCCGUUCGCACCACCACAACCUCAACCACAAGCUGCCCAAUCAAAUUUAGGUUCACCAUUGGAUAAUGAUCAAAAGCUUCAAGUACUAACUUCUUUGACUCAUGGUUUACAAAAUCAAGCCAAAGAGAUGAGCGAAGUGAAGAAGCAAAUUGGGCAGAUGGCGGAGUUCAUGGGACAGUUUAGAGAAGAAGGCAAACUACCUAGCUCAACCAUUGUCAAUCCAAAAGUAGGUUUUGAAACGGCUAAAGCUAUCAUCUUAAGGAGUGGUAAAGAGAUUGGAACCAAUCCAAAAUGUCCAAACAAAGCCCAAAAGAGAACGAAAAGCUGCUGCUCAAAGAGAAGGAGGUGGACAAAGCCACGGCAAGGGAGGAACAACCCUUGCCGCAGUCCCCCAAAGCUCCUACACAACCAAACUCAGGUUGUUCCAAAUUCAACUCAUUCUAACCCUAUUCCACCAAAUGUGCCUUUCCCUCGCAGGUGUAUGCAAUCUAAGAAAGAAGAGGAUGAAAAAGACAUCUUAGAAACUUUCAGGAAGGUACAAGUCAAUAUCCCACUUCUUGACGCAAUAAAGCAAGUUCCAAGGUAUGCUAAAUUCUUAAAAGAGCUUUGUACAACAAGGAGGAGGAUUUCAAACAAAGAAGUGGUAAGGGUAAGUGAGAAUGUUUCCACAGUUUUGCAACGAAAACUGCCACCUAAAUGCAAAGAUUCAGGUAGUUUCAGAAUCCCUUGUGUUAUUGGUAACACCAAGUUUGAACAUGCCAUGUUAGAUUUAGGUGCUUCCAUUAAUGUCAUGCCAUACUCUAUUUAUGCAUCUAUGAACUUAGGAGAGCUUAAAAAUGAUGGCGUUAUAAUUCAAUUAACCAAUCGUUCUAAUGCAUAUCCGAAAGGAGUUUUGGAAGAUGUUUUGGUGCAGGUUAACCACUUGAUAUUUCCAGCAGAUUUUUAUGUGCUUGAGAUGGAGGAUUCAGCCCAUUCUACACCAUUGCCAAUCUUAAUUGGACGACCUUUCAUGAAAACAGCCCGAACCAAGAUCGAUGUGUUCAAGGGGACGUUGACAAUGGAAUUUGAUGGCGAUAUCAUUGAUUUUAAUAUUUUUGAAGCUAUAAGGUACCCUAUUGAUGAUCACUCGUGUUUCUGUAUUGAUGCAUUUGAUUCUUUGGCACAGGAAUAUCUCGAAUACCUAGAUAGGGAUGCCCUUGAAACCACCAUUGUUCAAGGAAUUGAACUCAUCAAAAAUGGGGCCGAACCUAAUCAUGAAGAAAUUGGCGAGAUGGUGGCUGCCCUUGAGUCACUGCCACAAUAUGUUGGUAAGCCUCCAAUCCCAAUUCCAAUUCCCGUUUCUACUAACAAGUUGUUACCUUCGGUGAUUCAGGCACCCACUCUCGAGCUUAAACCAUUACCAAAUCAUUUGAAGUAUGUCUUCUUGGGAGAUAAAGAGACUUUGCCCGUCAUAGUCUCUUCGUCACUCACAGCAGUGGAGGAGGAAAAACUAGUUCGGGUGUUGCAAGAGUACAAAAUAGCCAUUGGAUGGACUUUAGCCGACAUCAAGGGACUUAGCCCUACAACAUGCAUGCAUCGCAUACUUCUAGAGGAGGGGGCUAAACCAACUCGAGAGGCUCAAUGCCGACUCAACCCUCCAAUGAUGGAAGUUGUGAAAAAGGAGAUCAUUAAGCUUCACAAUUGUGGGGUCAUUUACCCAAUUUCGGAUAGUCGUUAG